UGUGCUUUCUAUUCUUCUUAGGUCUGGACAGCAAAAUAUUGUACAGAACAGCAAGUACAUCAGACAGCACAGUAUAUACCCUGAGCACUGAAGGCGAUGCUGCUCAGAGUGACAUGGGUUUCCUGUCUGAGAGCGUCCUGCGCUACCUGAGAGACCUCCCAUCACCUGUCAUCCCUGCAUGCGUCUAUCCGCAACUUCAAACUGCAGUCAUGCAGCAGCUGCUUCACCAGCAGUUUCUAGAUGGAGCUGUUGCUGGUAGCCAUGACAGAGAGGUGAGUCUGGUUCUGGAGAACUCCACGGUGGUCCCGUUUCACCAUCGUCUCACCUUGCAGUACCUGCUCACACAUCUGACCAAGGUGCUCCAGGCACAGGCCAGUAACGGCCUGGACACUCACACUCUGGGAAAGAUCUUUGGCCCUCUCCUGAUUCAGACAAGCCCCUCUGCCCAAGGGUAUUCAUGGGAGGAGGAUUUUCCCAUCCUAGUGGUGGAGAGGUUACUGGUGGAGAGAACUGCACAGCAAGACUUCCCUCCUCCUGUUCUUCCAGCGAAACCAACCAAAUCAAAAAUAACCCCAUCAGAUAUGACGGACACAAGCAGCCUGCUGAACGAUGCUGAGUGGUACUGGGGAGAUAUUUCCAGAGAGGAGGUGAAUGAGAAACUGCGAGACACUCCAGAUGGAACCUUUCUGGUGCGAGACGCUUCCAGCAAACUGGAGGGCGAAUACACUCUAACUCUCAGAAAAGGAGGGAACAACAAACUGAUCAAAAUUUAUCACCAGGAGGGUCGCUAUGGCUUCUCAGAGCCUUUAACCUUCCAGUCUGUGGUGGAACUCAUCAAUCACUACCGCCAUGAGUCCCUGGCUCAGUACAACGCCAAACUGGACACCAAGCUGCUCUACCCCAUCUCCAAGUUCCAGCAGCUGGUUAAGGAGAACAGCAUAGAGGAAGUGGGAGAGCAGCUCAAGGUCUACCAUGAGCAGUACCAAGAGAAGAGCCGCGAGUACGACUCUCUGUAUGAGGAGUACACUCGCACCUCACAGGAGCUGCAGAUGAAGCGAACAGCCAUUGAAGCCUUCAAUGAAACCAUCAAGAUCUUUGAAGAACAGUUUGAGACCCAGGAGAAAUACAGCCGAGAGUCUUUGGAACGAUUCCAAAGAGAGGGCAAUGAGAAGGAAAUUCAAAAGAUUCAGAGCAACUCUGAGCGUUUGAAGUCCCGCGUGAAGGAAAUCCACGACAGCAAGCGAAAACUGGAGCAAGACCUGAAGGAGCAGGUGUCUGACAACAGAGAGAUUGACAAGAAGAUGAACAGCCUCAAGCCAGAUCUCAUGCAGCUUCGCAAGAUCAGGGACCAGUACUUAAUAUGGUUGACACAGAAGGGAACAAGGCAGAAGAAGAUCAAUGAAUGGCUGGGCAUAAAGAUCGAUGCUGAUGACUCCUAUUCUCUGGAGGAAGAUGACAGCUCACCUCACCAUAACGAUUGUACCUGGUAUGUAGGUGACAUCAAGCGCUCCCAGGCGGAGGAAAUGUUGAGAGACAAAUGUGAUGGAACCUUUCUCAUCAGGGAAAGCCAAUCACAGAAGGGCUCUUAUGCGUGUUCUGUUGUUGUUGAUGGCGACACAAAGCACUGUGUCAUCUGCAAGACAUGCACAGGUUAUGGAUUUGCUGAGCCCUACAAUCUGUACUCGUCUCUCCAAGAGCUGGUACUCCACUACAAAAACGUCUCCUUGGCCCAACACAACGACCAUCUGAAUGUAAAUCUAGCUUAUCCAGUCUUGGCCCGCUCCCAGAACCUGAAGUAGAACCAGCAGCCCAGAUGAUCUAUAGAUUUACCAGCAGUGGGGCACCGAGCCUCUGGAGCCCUGGACAGUGUCAACUGUUUCAGAGAAAGAAGUGUGUUUUCGUCUGGAACUUGAUACAUCUAUAGUUCCCUAACAGAACCCAGUCCAUUAAAAAACACUCCUCCCAAAAAGCACAUCACUACUGACACAGAGCUACUGGCUGAGAGGGUAAAAAUGAGCCUCUACAUUAGCCAGUCACAGCUCUACUGGGUAAAAUCUACAAAAGGCCCCAAACAUCCACAGGAAGGUAGACUGGACACAGAGAUAUUAGAGACAACAUGUGUUAAAGGAGAACAAAAUAAGCACAAACAAGUCUUUUUAAGGUUGCACAAAAGAGAUGGAAAGAGCAUGUUGUGAAACUAUUGGAAAUAUUUAAAACUUUUUCUUUUUUUUUUUUUUUUUUUUUUUUUUUUUGUCUUGAGCACAAAGUAUCUGUGUUUAAACAAAUGUCUUAUGUGUAAAAUCCAGACUUUCUGGAAACACUGACAAAAAGUAUGUGUUUUAACUCAAUAAAGGAAUGGCUGCUCACUUCCCACCUGAAGCCACCUGAGAGGAUCCAGCAGGUCGGGGCUGGGCUGUGGGAUUUUAAGGGUUUUACCUUCCAGAAGCACACAGGAAUAGUUCUGAAUGACCACAAGCUUCUGUCAUUUUACAUUUUAAGGGUUGAAAGGAGAGGACUGGGAAUAAUAUCAAUGUGGCCACAGUUUAAAAGAUAUACAGGCAGAUAUUUUUUAUAGACUCAUUUAUAUCCAUCUGCUUUGCUGUGUGUCUCUCAUUAGGUCUCUUUUUGAACUAAUGAGGAAAAAAAAACAUUAAACGAUGAAUAGGAGCAAAUGCAAGGUACAUAUUUGCUAUUUUGUCAAUGACAGAAUACGCUAGAUUGUGAGGUACAUUUACAAACACAGUUCUAUGAUUCAGGUGUGCUGCGUCAGAUGCCUCUUCCUGUUUUUUCUUCUCUAAUACUGUAGCACCCGUAACUAUUGACACUCUGCACUGUUAGUGCGCUACUUUUGCGUGUAGAUUCGCUGCGGUACCAGCGCUUGUUGAGUAUCGACCUCUGUGAUUCUUCUACCAUCGGUACUGAAUUAGUUUCCUGUAAAGUUGGAAUAGACUCCCAGUGGUGUGAUCCCCUCUCAGAUAAAUGUUUUAAUUUGUUUCUUUGAGGCAGAGUUUAUGAUGGUACAUCUCUGUUGCACCUGACUGUUCAUUUCAUCUGAUGCUUGAUUCAGAGACCUGGAGAACAUUAAUGUACAAAAAAGAGAGAAAAGAAGGCAGUAAUAUAUGUUGUGUACAGUAUAUUUUAGACGCACAUGCUUUAGAUGUAUGUGACUUUAUAGAGUUGCCUAGUUUCCUUUAUGUUUUCAGAAUAUUUGUUGUUUUCUUAGGUUCUGUUUGAGGAUUUGGAUGAUCUGUCAAAUGUCAGGAGGUGUUCUCAUGUAGCACAACAGGAAUAAAAGAACACGUCCUUUUGCCAUUAAGCUAAGAGAUUACCCGCUAUGGCGUGUAUGGAGGUCUUCAUUUGUUUUUGUUUCUUUUUUUUUAAUUGGACAAAUGGUUGAAAAUCUGUUGGCAUGUAGUGAUUAGGUCAUGGUGUGUGGUACUCCAAGCACACUAAAUUUUAGAUUGAGGAACCGUCUCCAGAUCAGUCCAUGUCUACUGUUCUGUACUGUGGCAUUGAUCUCCUCUUACUGUUUCUGUGUGCGUUUGGCUCGAGGGACUAAUUGUUGUCACCUCCAUCGCUUUUAAAUUACAGUUGUACAGAUACAGAGAUAUGCAGUUCCUUUUGUGGUCAGUGGAGGCACUGCAGAGAGACAAGUUACAAGGCUGCUUUUAAACUUGAUUCUCAAACAGACACAAAUCUUUCAUAAUUUCUUACACAAAUGACUGAGAAUGGUAAAGAGAAUAUGCAUGAAUAUAUAUUUUUGUAUCCUGGAGCAGACCAGUCAUUUAUGAUCGAGUGUUGAAUACUCUUUGCUUCAUGUGUUUUUGUCGGGGUUAAAAAUGUUUCCAAAAUUUGAUCUUCACCAGUUUUCUGCUCCUAACAGCAGGUGAAGAGGUGGCAUCAGAAGUUGUUUGUGAAGACCUUUGCUUCGAACUCUUUGAGUAUCGCCGCUUACUGAGCUGAAUUGACCCUGGGAAGCUCAGAUUAAGAUGGAUCCAUUGUACUAUAGAGUCAUUUGCACAGUUGUUGGUACGGCGUAGAUCCCAGGAAUGAAAGCAGAGGCGGCAGCCGAGCUUCUGUUUAGAGGUCUACAGCGCUGAGGGAGGUGACUACAAGUGCCUUCCGUCAUCCUGAGGAGAUUGUGUUCUCCUUGUUGUCACCAUUAGAUGGUGCCAUCACCACCAUGUUGUCGUGCCACACAUUUGCCAUAUCUAAGGUUAAGGAAUAUCUGGCAAAUGAGCCUAGUUGUUGUUGUUGUUGUGUGUAUGUGUGUAUGUGUAGUGAACAGAAUGACCGGCUUUGCUGUAACGUCUGAGGUUGUUACCAUCCUUCUUUGUUCAGUUGCAUCUACACAGUAGCUUGGUCCUCUGUCGUUGUGUACUAAAGCUUUGGAUUUUUUCUAUAACUAUCUGGUAUGUCUGGAAUGAAAUGCAGAUGUGUUAGAAAUGUGAACAGUAUCCAUUUUUAGCCUGGUGUAGUUCUUUGCUAGCCUCCCAAGUUCCAGCAAUAUUCUUUUUUUUUCUUGGAUAUCUUGAAGUGGGUUGUGUGAAGUACAUGUGACAGCAAAGGACUGACCUGAC